AUGCUUCUGCUUCCCAACUCUACGACCCUCUCUCCGUCUACAGUGUCCGGAGCGGAUUUUACGGAUAUUUACGAACUGGACGAUCCCGGAAAACCGCCGGAACCCAUCAUUUCCGACUAUGUAGAGAUGUUCACGCUCGUCCUCAACUUUAUCGUUGGAGCGCCGUUGAAUCUGGCUGCUUAUACACAGGUACGUGAGAUGAGAUUACUGUGUGAUUGGGUUACUGUAAAAGAGUACUGUAGUAAGAUGUUGUACUAUCAAAAUGUGGUUCUGAGAAGUUGGCCGUUUAUUCAACACGAUAUAGUUCGGCUGUCGGUGGAGAUAUCAAAAAGUUGUCAACUGAAAAAGCGUUCAUAAUUGCAUUGCGUACAUUUUACUAAACGACAACUUUUUGACGUCUCUACCAGCAGCUGAGAUAUGUCGUUUUUAUGCCGUUUAAUAUUGUAGACUAACUAAUGCCGCGUCCAAUGUCUCGGAAAAACCGUAAAAACCCAAGGUUUUUCUGUCCAAAGUCGGCCGAAAUUUGCGUGAAAAACGGGGGUGCGCACAGCUUAAUGAAUGUAACCGUAUCCCUAUUAUAGGGGCACAGAAUAGGAAGGGCGCUCUGUUCGCAAUCUGGCCGAAUUUCUAGUCCGCGAAGUAAUUUUCCACUGAAAACGUGGCCUAACUUUUCAAACUCGGCCCCGAGCUCACUCAAUUUGCAGUGCAAAAAAGUUUCUCAAUAGAGCGCCCUUUCGGUGCCCCUAUAAUAAAUCUACGGUAUUUUUUGAAAAUUUGCGCAAGAAAUUUGAAUAUUUUUAAAUAUCCUCAAGAAAUUAACAAAUUUUCAAAAAAUACCUUGCGCAAGAAACUUGAAUAUUUUUAAAUAUCCUCAAGAAAUUAACAAAUUUUCAAAAAAUACCGUAGUUUUAGAGGUACGGUUACAUUCAUUCAGCUGUGCGCACCCCCGUUUUUCACGCAAAUUUCGGCCGACUUUCGACAGAAAAAUCUGCGGUUUUUACGGUUUUUCCGAAACAUUGGACGCGGCAUAAGGAAACUGUGCUCCUUCGUAUUCUAAUAAUUUUGGCAUUUCAGCUGAGCGAACGUCCGACAUCGACGCGUCUGGACCUGCUGAAACGUUCGCUCAACUACUCGGACCUGCUCGUUCUCUUCAUCUACGUUCCCUCGCGCGCCUGCUGGCUUCUGACCUACGACUGGAGAGGCGGCGACGCGUUGUGCAAGAUUGUCAAAAUGUUGCACACAUUCGCUUUUCAGGUAAGGAGAACAAAGGAAAAUGAGCAUUGAGCAGUGAAAAGGUGACAUUCUGGCGCUCAAAGAUCGGAUUUAAAAGGAGAACAAGAUGAAGGGAGAGAGGAAAAUCUUAAGCUAAGAUUAUCGAGAUUCAAAACAUUUAUGACAACUGUUCUUAAGGAGAAGUACUUGGCUAGACGAACCGAAACAAGAGCAAUGAGCGAGCAAAGGGAUUUUCAAAGAGCUUAACUUGAGAAUGAGGCAUUUCGUAGCACAAUAUUUUGGGCAUCUUUUUGAAACAGUCAAUGGUUCUUAAAGGACCAGGGAACCCAAAAUUUUUUGAUUUCUUUGUGAAAUUUUUUUGUGACCGUUUGAAUUGUCUUCUAUUGCCUCAUACACUGGUGAAAUGCUGCCUCUCAAAAAUGCCAAUGAACGAAACGGCAUGCAGUUGAAGUUGUGGCCGUGGCCUAGCGCCAAUGGCCGAAAAAUAUAUAAAAAUAUAUGCGCUUCUCGGCAAUUUUAUUUUUUCCGCUUUUUUACCGGUUUUUUCCAAAAAUUCACGGUUUCUCCCAUUUUGGCUUUUCAUAUCGACUGAAUGAAAACAAUUUUUUAGCAGUGAAAAAAUAAGUAAGUGCCGAACAAAUGUCAAUCAACUGAAAAAUGGGAGAAACCGUUAAUUUUUGGAAAAAAACCUGUAAAAAAGCGGAAAAAAUAAAAUGGCCGAGAAGCGCAUAUAUUUUUAUAUAUUUUUCGGCCAUUGGCGCUAGGCCACGGCCACAACUUCAACUGCAUGCCAUAAGAGAGGCAAUAAGAGACAAUUCAAACAGUCACAAAAACAUUUCACAAAAAAAUCAAAACAUUUUUGGGUUCCCUGGUCCUUUAAGAUAUAAGUUUUAUAAGAUACGGAAAAUUGUUGAAUGAGAUGUUUUGUUCGAAAAACAACUCUUUACGCACUUUCCAACUGCGCCCUGCAUUCCAGUCCUCCUCGAACGUGAUCGUGUGCAUCGCCGUGGAUCGUCUCCUCUCCGUCCUCUCGCCAUCGCAUCACAGCCCGAACAAAGCGCUCAAACGCACCAAGAUGAUGUUGAUCGUCGCGUGGAUCGUGGCGCUCGUCAUCAGCUGCCCUCAGCUCUUCAUCUGGAGGGCCUAUCUGGCGCUUCCCGAAUACAACUGGAGUCAGUGUUUGCAAAUCUGGGAGAUUGCGCGGAUCGAGAAUCAAAGCGCGCAGCACUACGGAAAAGUGCCGACACCGUCCGACUUCAACGCCGAAUUCUGGUACAGUAUUCUGCACAUUAGUCUCGUUUUCUGGAUACCCUGUAUCAUUAUCAUGGUGACUCGAAUAUGCCGUACUUCCAAGUAACGUCCGUUUUGUUUUCAGCUCAGCUACAUCAUCGUCAUCUCGUGGGUUUGGAUCAACUCGCGUCCGUCGAUGCGUCAGGCGUCCAAUUCGUUCUCGUUUCACACCGGCUGCGAUACGGUAGACACUGUGCUCACGCGCGCCUCCGAAUGGAAUCCUUUGAAGACGUUCUCACGCCACGUCAACAUCAAGGAACCCGAGAAGGCGAUGAGUGAGCCGACAUCAUCAGCUGACUGAUUUUUGACGAUGAUCAUCCGAUUUCAGCGACGCCGCGCAUUGUGGUCUCCGACGAGACAGAGGUUCCGUUGACGCAGAGGCCAUCCAUCUCGCCGUCCGAGGCGUCGGCUGUGAUGAGGAAUGGCGUGCACACGAGCACAUCGUACAAUGCCAAUUUGAACAGGUUAGACGAAAAAAAGCCGGCCCAGCUUUUCCGUCUCAACACAGCGUGUUUGCAGAAGUCGUGCGCUGCGGGUCUCGUUCCUUCUGGUCGUUGCCUACAUCGUCUGCUGGCUGCCCUACAACCUCAUAAGCCUCAUCCAAUUUCUCGACCGCGACUUCUUCUCCUCCUACCUUAAACACGUAGGGUCCCGCCACUAAAUGAGCAAAACUACCGUAUCCUUGCGUUCAGGUCCAUUUCUGUCAGCAACUAAUCAUCUUCAACUCGGUCGUCAACCCGUACCUCUACGGUUUCUUCGGUCCGCACCGCCCGGGCACGCGUGUCAUCCACAACUGA